UUCUCACUCUCCACAAUAUCCCACACCAACACCAUCAAAAAAAUCACAUUCCCUUCAUCAAUCACCAUCAAAAAUGGCUUCUUCAAAGCCCUUCACAGUUGUUCUCUUAGCUCUCUUUCUCCAAACAUGUUUUGCAACUGACCCACUCUUCCAUUUCUGUUCAAACUCGGGUGAGAAUUUCACGACCCAAAGCCCAUAUGAAUCAAACCUGAAAACCCUCAUAAACUCCCUCAUAUACAAAACCCCUUCAACAGGCUUCGGCGUCGCGUCAGCGGGCCAGCCCCAAGCCCAACAGCAAGUCAACGGGCUGGCCCUCUGCCGCGGUGACGCCUCGGCCUCCGAAUGCAAAACCUGCGUCUCAGAGUCCGCCACAGAAAUCCGCAACCGCUGUCCUUACAACAAAGGUGCAAUCAUAUGGUACGAUAAUUGCUUGUUCAAAUACUCAGACACUGAUUUCUUCGGGAAAAUCGACACUGCAAACAGGUUCUACAUGUGGAACUUGAAGAAUGUCAGUGACCCUGAAACGUUUAACUACAAGACUAAAGGGUUGUUGAGCGAGCUUGCAGGUAAGGCUUCUUCGAAUCCGAAGUUGUAUGCGACUGGGGAAAUGGAGCUUGAGAAAUCGGUGAAACUUUAUGGGUUGACUCAGUGUACUAGAGAUUUGUCUAGUGGUGAUUGUAAGAAGUGUCUUGAUGAUGCCAUUAACGAGCUUCCGAAUUGUUGUGAUGGGAAAGAAGGUGGGAGAGUUGUGGGUGAAGCUGCAACUUUAGAUAUGAGAUAUACCCAUUUGUCAAUGAAUGAAUACUCCAAUGUAGUGGGUUGUGUUUGAUAGGUUGAUAGUUGACCCUCUUGACCAAUAAAGAUCAACCUUAUAUAUAGUAUUCAUAUGCAUGAAUAAAAACUAUGUGAUUUUUGAAAAGAAAAAAUACGUUUUAGGAUGAAAUAAGGGCCAUGUUUAGACUUUAGAUAUCUCUUGGCACGACCCUUCAUUGUAGAUUGUCUAGGUUUUGUGAAAAUUUUCUUGGCCCAUUUGUACUUGAUCAAGAGACUUUAAUCCCGAAAGAAUGAGUAAGACUUGAGUAGAAGAAUGAA